AUGGACACAUCCAACAUCAACACCACUCCCCGAAAUCCUGUUGGGGAUCCCGCCGCUGCCAAAGCAAUGACGGGAGUGGCCUGUUCCAACGCGGCCUUCAUCGCCGAUAGGACACCUCGUGGCACAAAAAGAAGUCACCAAGCCGCAUUUGGGGUUGAGCCCUGCCUUAAAACAGUAAACAACCCACCACGGGUUCAGCUGGAAAGGCCGUCGGCGUUAAAGGCAAGUGAUAUGGCGGGGGUUGAUGAGGCUCACCUUGGUCUGGGCACGAGCCGGGGGUCCAAAUCAGACCAAGUCUCUCGAGUGGUUUCGACCAAAAAGGCCGUCAGCUUCAACAGCCAAAUCAAGCAGGUGGUCUUCUCGCGGAACAAUGUCAUCGGCCACGAAGCUGGGCUGAUGACCACCUGGAUCUCUGACACUCCCAGCGUCGCCUGGCAGAAGUCACAACUGAGAAGGGCAGUCUUGCAGCGUGAAAGGUGCCUGAAGAAAGCUAGAGACGGACAUAUACCUGCCUGCGUCAUGCACCUAGGGUCUAGGGAAAUCUGCAGGGCUUACUCUAAGGCUUCGAGGGAGCACGACGAGAUGAGCUCAAAUAUAGCUUCCUUUGCAGAUAUGACAUUCCCGUCAAGUGCAACAGACCUAAGUGAGACAGGGGUCCGUCACUUUCACAACGGAGACCUCUAUUUCCAAGCGAUCCAGGAGGUCGAGAAUGUUGUCCAAUAUCAUUUGUCCGCCUUGGCGUUGGAUUCAUUGGACUCCAGCAACAGUGCCAACCACUCGCUCCGCAGUGCCAUUGAAGAUCUCCACAGAUGCACCAAGGAGAACCUCACUCAGCUCUUGAAACGCUUUGGCAUCAUUUAUCCCUAUCACAGUCCGAAAAAGAGGUCUAGAACGGCGCAAGACGCUUAUCUGGACAGCGAUUGGACUGAGGCAGACGCCAGAGCAGAAGCACUGUUCAAUUCAUGCGCAAACUUGCGGGUGGUAGGAGCCCUGAGGAAGAUUGUAGAACAGUUCAAGAUAGAGCUCGAAAAGCAGAUAGGAUCGACGAUUGACUGA